CGCGUUUUUGCCGUCACCAGUUUAUUCGCUCAACUACACCUAUCAUCCCCGUUCCCCCAACUAAUCGAAUUCCACAUUCAUCCAUUAAAAAUUCAACAUUUCAUCAAUCUUCAUCACAGACCUUUGACAAAGCUACACGCAAUCACCUCCAUUUCCUGGAAACUUCUCCCCUUUCCCUUUCCUUAUUAUACAUAUAAACCAACACCCACUUAACAUUUUCCUCCAGAUCUCACUUCUGUUCGCUCAAUUCAUCAUCUUUCCCACUUGGGUAUCAAGAAAUCAGCAAUCUUAAACCAUGGAAAACAAUAAUCAAUCGUCUUUUUGGCAGUUCAGUGAUCAGCUUCGUGUUCAAAGCAACAAUCUUUCCAACCUCUCCCUCAACGACUCCAUCUGGAGCACCUCAUACGCCUCCAAACGCCCCGAAAAAGAACGCCGGAACUUCGACAUCCGUGUCGGCGGUGACUUCACCAAUUCAGGCACCAUCAACACCAACCACUCCAGUUCAUCCAACUCCGAUUUUAAUGGUUUUAACUUUGACUGGAAAGUCGGGUCAACUAAUCAGAACCAGACCGGUGAUUUUGGGAUCAACGGUGGGUUUAACAAAGGAAUUUACUCAAAACCCAGUUUGAAUUUUAAUACCACUGAUCUUAAUUUCGAGAAAAAUGGGUUCAAGAAAGACGGGAAGUUUGGUAAAAAUAGCGACGAUGAUCAUCUUUCAUUUGGGGUUAAACAUGGGAAGAACAAGAAGAACAACAGCAACGUGAAUAACAACGAAAAGGAUAACAGUAAAAACAGCGUUGAUAAGAGGUUCAAGACUCUCCCGCCAUCGGAAUCCUUGCCGAGAAAUGAAACCGUCGGCGGCUAUAUUUUCGUCUGCAACAAUGACACCAUGCAAGAGAAUCUCAAGAGGCAACUUUUUGGUUUACCCCCGCGAUACCGGGACUCGGUAAGACAAAUAACACCGGGACUCCCUCUUUUCCUUUACAACUACUCUACCCACCAACUCCAUGGUGUUUUUGAGGCUGCAAGUUUUGGUGGAACAAACAUCGAUCCUUCUGCAUGGGAAGACAAAAAGAAUCCAGGGGAAUCACGCUUUCCAGCUCAAGUUCGUGUUAUAACAAGGAAAGUAGCCGAGCCAUUAGAAGAAGACUCUUUCAGGCCGAUUCUUCACCACUACGAUGGCCCUAAGUUUCGCCUCGAACUCAAUAUCCCCGAGGCGCUCUCGCUUUUGGACAUAUUUGAAGAGAACAAGGACUGAUGUUUGCUCUCAAGGGGUGGAUGAUCGGUGUGUGUGUUGUGAAGUGAAGGGCACUUUCGGAAAAGAGAGAUGUGUAAAAUUUUUAUAUUAUAUGAAAAGUAAAAGUAAAAGUAAUGUAUGUUUAUAUCGAGCUGGAGAGUUUUAAUAGUGUAGAAAGUUUGGAUAUGGGAUGUGUAGCCGUGAAGACGAUGAUGGUGGUAGUCCCUUUUGGUUCUUUGGCUCGAUCGAAUACAUAUAUGUAAAGAAUACAAACUUGGUAUGAAUAAACAAAAAUACAAUACAAGUUUUAAUUA